UAUCGAUUCCUUCAGUUUUAUGACGUCAAUCCUAAACAAAUUGAUUGAGAAAUGAAGACAGCAAUACUCUAGCAGAUUUUGUUUGAUUUCUUCUGUUUGAACGUGCUUUGGAAGUGGGUCUGGGGAUUAAAUUUGUUUGAAAUAAGAAUUUAGAGAAAUGGCGAACGUAAAGAUAUUUCUGGCGAUUUUACCUUUGUUUUUCGCGUCAUUUCAUGGAAGCACAACUGAGGAUAGUCAUGAGUUUGACUGGAACAAGCAUCAUGACAAUAAAGAAUUGAAAGAUAUAAUGGUUGCUGUCAAUGAAAGAUGUCCAGAAAUUACGAGGUUAUAUAGUUUGCCCGAAAAAGAACACGAAAAUGUCCCGAAAACAACAGUCAAUAACAACAAGCUGUGGGUAAUUGAAUUUGCCAAGCAGCCAGGAACACAUGUAAAAGGUAUUCCAGAGUUUAAAUAUAUUGGUAACAUGCAUGGAAAUGAAGUUGUGGGAAGAGAGCUACUACUAAGACUGAUGGACUACAUGUGCACUGCAUAUAUACAGCAGAAAGAUGAUGACAGACAUAUAAAUUGGCUCAUUGAAAACACCCGUAUACACAUCAUGCCCACCAUGAAUCCUGAUGGCUGGGAGAUUGCUUCUACAUCAGAUGCAGAUGGGUACCAGAAUGGAGUCAGUAACUGGUUAGCCGGACGAGCCAAUGCUAACGGUGUAGACUUAAACCGCAAUUUCCCCGACUUGAAUAAGAUCUACUACAAAAUUCACAACCAGCCAAAUCAUCCAAACAACCACAUUGAUCAACAUUUUGAAGUAAUGCAACUACUUGAGCAGGCUAACGCAAGUGUCAAAUUUGAACGCGAGACCAAAAUUUUAAUGUCAUGGCUUCACACAGUAGAUUUUGUGCUGUCAGCAAACAUGCAUAAUGGAGACCUUGUUGCUAAUUACCCAUUUGACGAGACACUGGACGGGUCGGCACAUAAGUACACUGCCAGUCCGGAUGACAAGACUUUCAGGGACCUUGCCAAAAGCUACUCUUAUGUUCAUCGUAAAAUGGGGAAAGGGGGUGCAAAAUGUGAGGAAAAAGAAAAGGAAUUUAAAGAUGGUAUAACAAAUGGCGCAAACUGGUACUCUGUCCCUGGAGGUAUGCAAGACUACAACUACUUGAGUACAAACUGUAUGGAGAUUACAUUAGAACUGGGAUGUGACAAAUUUCCAGCAGCCGAUAAAUUACAGGAACUGUGGUUGGAUAACAUUGAAUCUCUCUUUAACUUCAUGUUUCAGGUACAUACAGGUGUAAAGGGCACAGUUACUCUACCAGACAACUGGCUGGAUGAAACUUACACAAAUAUUCAUGUGAAAGACAUGGACAGUAACUCUGACAUUGAUCAUGAUAUCAUACCAAGUAAAGAUGGUGAUUACUAUCGGCUCCUGUCUAAUGGCAGGUAUGUAGUCUCGGCUGUGGUUACAGACAAGAACGGUGAUGAGGUAGCGAGAUGCGACAAGAACGUUAACGUGAACAAUGAUCAUGCCACUAGUAAGCGCCAGGUUGAACCUAAACAAGCUCAGGUUGUCGACUUUGACUUCACAGAUUCAUCCUGUGCCAAGAAGAAUGAUGCGGAGUAUAGAGAUUACUACUAUGAUGUGAGGGAUUAUCUCAGAAAUAUGCUGAACAGAGGCAACAAAUAUGUAGGCUACUAGAGUAGCUUACCUACUGCCAGCUUUAUACAAUGACAAAUAAUGAAAAUUGAAAAAUACUUAUAACAAUAGUAAAUUUGACUGUCACAAGAUUAAUGAAAAAGCAAGUUUAUUAGGAUUUUUUUUGGGGAAAAAAAAUAAUUCAGGUCAUUUUUCAGAUAAAACAUUCUAUAGCAGCUACUCAUCAGAAAGUGGCAAAAGUUAUUUCAUUGAAGUUUUCAGAUGUAUUUUUUGUGAGCCUCGUUACCCUUCUGAAAAAAUUCAUUUUUUCCUUGUAUUGUAGCAUAAUGUCCGUUAUUUUCUAAAAUUUAAAAACAAAUGUAUUUUAC